GAUCUAAUGGGAGGCCUGAGGGCAGGUGAUGGGAAUAAAUAAAGCUGGAACCUCCCACGGGACUCUCAGGAAUGGUCCUCAGACUGUUGCAGUUGCUUCUGCUGGGCAUAUUAACAUUGGUCUUCAUGAAAGAAGAGGAGAUCCCUUCACAAUCAAAAUGGAUUCGAUUUUGCCAUGAAUGUAACUCCUUUGAUGGAUUCCAGUGCCGUGUUCCCAUGAAACACUGCUGGAAGUUUAAUAUAUUCUCAAAAAACAACAGGAGUUGUACCACAGAGCACUAUUACUAUUAUCAUCGAGUUACAGGGAGAUACUUUUAUCAUUAUACACGACUGUCUUGUAAAGUUUGUGAAGAGGGAAUGGUCCAAGUAUUCCAUGACUUACUGAAAGAGACGCAUUGCUGCACUGAUAAACCCUUGUGUAAUACCGGACAUGAUAUUGCGGAAAAGUCAGUGCUGUAUGGAGAAGAUAAAUAUACCUCUAUUCAUGAUGAUAUCCCAGAAAAUUAAGCUAAUUAUUAAUCAACUUAAGCUUUCUCCCAGUAAUCCUUGCCCCUCCCCUACACCAGGGCAAUCUCAUCGUACAUUAUCUCAAAACCUAGACCUUCCUCUCCUCUCUAUCCUAGUAGAUAUAACCAUGGAAGCUCUGUAUUUCCUGUCUCAGUGUUUUCAUUAAGAGGAAAAUGGGAACACUCAUCUCUGCCUUCUGCUAGGAUACUUGAUACUGCUUGGCAAUCUGUAACUGUCCUUAGAUUCUGAUGCUAAACCUAGAGUACAACUUCUGGCAAAGGGAAAAAAAUAUUUUCUAGUAGAGCUCCUGAGUGGGGAAUCAAGAGAAAGCAGACUGGACAGAAAUAGGGACAAGGACUCAUAAGAGGUUUUAGGAGAAAUAUUUGGGAGGAGGAUAGAAGAGGUAAUUGGUGGAAGGCAGAAAGGGCUCGUAUUAAGCAAGGGUUUGAGGAAGUAAAUGUGAAGUUGGAAAACUCUAACUCCUGAAAAAAGAAAAGUCAAUGAACUAGACAAGAGGGUCUUUGUGCCUGCCAUCAUUUUGGGAGAAACUGUACCAACCACAGCUACUCCUGAUCACAUAGCCCUGAGCUACUGUGUCUCUCAUGAUCUUAUUUUGCUUUCAUGGCAAAAGCCAAGUACAUCAGGAUAAGCACUGGCCUCGUUGUUGGCCAACAAGUCUGUCUUCUGGCAUAUGAGGAAUACUCUACCGUCCAGUUCUGAAAAAUAUUAAAUAUUACCUUGCGUUCAAUAAACUCAUUGAUAAAAA